UACAGUUAAAAUUUAGCUACAUCCGCUUGUUUAACAACCGUGAUGUAAACAAUUUUUUAACCCAAUUUGUAAAAACAAAAAAUGAGCAAUUGAAUUCCAAAUUUGUGAAUUCAAAACCGUAAAAUAACAUUUCAAUACAAACAUGCACUUUAAAUAUUUGUGUCGUAACCUCAAAAGUAGUAACAGCGAGAUAGUUUCAAUUAUUUGCUUGUUAUUAUAGAAAACGCGAGCUCAUGUUCUCUCAAAUAAUGAACUAGCUUUGUUUUAAAUUUUAUAUUACUAUAUUUAGUUUUUAAUUUAGUACAUAAUUUCUCUAUGAAAAGUAUUUAAAAUAUUAUUACAUAAAUAUGGAAAAACCAAGAUGUGUUAAAAGAAAUUUUACUUAUCCUACAUCCAAAAAAGUUGGAUCAAAUACCAGUAACAUUCUUAUAUCACUGAUGAAAGAAGUGAAUUUAAACCAAAGACUGCAAAAUGAAGUUCUUAGUUGUGUUAAUGCGAGCAAACCAAUUCCAUUUGUCCCGAAAGAUCUGAUUAAAUCAAAAAACAUCGUGAAAACUGAAGUUAAAUCGUCUCCCCUAAAGUUGCCACCAAAACCUAUACAGAGAUGUCGAAAACAAAUAGUAGAAUCUGGAAGUUAUAAUGUUGAAAAAUACCGACCAAAUCCAUCUAAAACGCGACCACCUCAAGAAAAAGAAAGAUUUCAAAAUAUUAUGGCAUUCGGUGAAGACAUUGACAAAGAAAUGAAGCCAGCAUUGAAAGAUAACAUUGAUGAUACCAGAGAUUCUACUGAUUUAUUUGAUGAAAUACUCUUGGAAAUAAAGGAAAGAAAAGAAUUCAUUGAAGACAUGCGAGAACUAGGAUUGGCUAAGAAAUACUUACCUGAAAUUCAGUGUCAAAUAUCAGUGAGACUAAAAGAAUUAGAAAAACUGGAUGAGUUAAGAGCUCAAAAAAUAGCUUCUGAGUUAUAAUCUUUAAAAAGGAUGUAAUCUCUAAAUAUGUAUUAUCUCAACAAGCAAAAAAUUUUAUAUAUCAUGUAAUGCUACUUUGUAUUAUAAUUUAUUUUUAAAUUGAA